AUGGCUAAGAAACUCGAAAAAGUCAAGGAUGAUCUUGACUAUGGCGUCGCCACUGAGGAAAAUGUUGGCUUGAGCUUGACAGUCGAGCCAUAUGGGCCAUCAGGGUUCCGUGGUCUCUUCAACUCUCACUAUGUGGCCCUUUGUGCUGCCUUUUCAGCCCUUGGCGGUCUUCUAUUUGGAUAUGACCAAGGUGUGAUUAGCGUUACACUGGUCAUGGAUCACUUUCUCGACCGAUUCCCAGAGGUUUCUGAUGACGCACCCGGUGCUGGAUUCAAGAAAGGGCUCAUGACGGCCAUGAUUACUCUUGGGGCGUUUAUUGGAGCCAUAAAUCAAGGCUGGAUUGCCGAUUGGAUCUCCAGGAAGCGUUCCAUCAUGGUUUCAGUCGUGGUGUUUACAAUUGGCUCAGCUCUGCAAACCUCUGCAGUUAACUACGCCAUGUUGGUUGUUGGUCGAUUCAUUGGUGGCAUCGGCAUUGGACAGCUCUCAAUGGUUAUUCCUCUAUACAUCUCGGAGAUUUCUCCCCCAGAGAUCCGAGGUACACUGCUCGUUUUCGAAGAACUUUCGAUUGUUGCUGGAAUUGUUAUCGCCUUUUAUAUCACCUAUGGUACUCGACAUAUCUCUAGUCAUUGGUCCUGGCAGCUUCCUUUCCUCCUGCAGAUACUUCCCGGUCUCGUCCUUGGCUUUGGAGCAAUUUUCCUCCCGUAUUCGCCGCGAUGGCUAGCCUCCAAGGAUAGAGAAGACGAAGCUCUGGCCAAUCUCGCCAAAUUGCGAGCUCUCCCUGCGACAGAUCCCCGAGUCCAACGAGAAUGGAUGGAAAUCAUUACCGAGGCACGAUUCCAGACUGGUAUCCUUAAGGAACGACAUCCCCAGCUCACAAAACGAACCGACAUUUCAGGAAGAAUACGUCUCGAGUUUGUGAGCUGGACAGAUUGUCUCAAGCCAGGCUGUUGGCGUCGUACCCUUGUCGGUGCUGGAAUCAUGUUUUUCCAGCAGUUUGUUGGAAUCAAUGCCUUGAUCUACUAUUCACCCACUCUUUUUGGCACUAUGGGUCUCGAUUUUGAUAUGCAACUUACCAUGUCGGGCGUUCUCAAUGUCACACAGUUGAUCGGCGUCUUGACGAGUCUUUGGACACUCGAUCGGUUUGGCCGCAGGUCCAUCUUACUCCUAGGCAGCGUCCUCAUGCUUGUUGCUCACGUUAUCAUUGCUGCUCUUGUUGGCAAGUUCUCAGACAACUGGCCAAGUCACAAGGCAGAGGGUUGGACGAGCGUUGCUUUCCUGCUCUUUUACAUGCUUGCUUUUGGUGCUUCCUGGGGACCUGUUCCAUGGGCAAUGCCAUCAGAAGUGUUUCCAUCAAGUCUUCGAGCAAAGGGUGUGGCUAUUUCCACGUGCUCAAACUGGAUCAAUAACUUUAUUAUUGGUCUUAUCACGCCUCCGUUGGUUCGUGAGACGGGAUUUGGCGCAUAUGUGUUCUUUGCCGUCUUUUGCCUCCUCUCUUUCAUCUGGGUUUGGUUCUCUGUCCCUGAAACCAAUGGCAAGACUUUGGAAGAGAUGGAUCAGGUCUUUAACGACAGAAGCGGCGUCGAAGAUGUUUCCAAGAAGGAUCGAAUUCUUCGGGAAGUGUUUGAAGAAAAGACCUCCCAUUAG